AUGGCACCUUUCGAGCCGCCAGACCAGAACAUCGACGAAUAUUCUGUCGAUGUUGCUGCAAGCUCUUUGAGCUGGGUCUCCUCAACGGGAACCCAUCGCCAGGUUGACUUGAAAGAUAUUGUGGGCGUGGUGCGGAACCCAGACUCGUCAUCAGGGUAUCGCGUGCUAUUUCUCGAAAGCACAGAAAAAGAAGGAGAACACAAUGAGUCCAACCUCCACCUUUUGAAACUUGAUAUUAAGUCUCUUCCCGAGGGCUUAUCCCCGUUUCUCGUGGACAUCCCAAGCCAGCUUCAACGAACAGAGCCCGUCCAGGUCGUGGUAUCAACUCGGAGUGGCACGGGUACGGCGAAAGCUGUCUUUCAGGAGACCGUGGAGCCGUUCCUGCAAUACCUGGGACUUGAAUAUCUAGUUUAUGAAACGCAGUCAGCUCAGACAAUCCUUGAACUUUCCCGAUCGCACUUCUUGAAAGACGCCUGCGCGGGGAUCCCCCAGACUAUACUCUUGCUGUCUGGCGAUGGAGGUCUAGUCGACCUAGUCGAUGUCUUUUACAAAUCGACAAAAACGCUUGAAGUGGCUCCAGAUAUUGGUUUAAUCCCCUGUGGGACCGGAAAUGCUAUGGCCAGCUCCAUCGGUUUACGAGCAGGUCCAGCCUCCGGCCUCCGAGCCUUACUACGGGGUCAGCCUUCUCCGGUCCCAACUUUCGCUGCCAGCUUUUCUCCUGGGAGCCGGCUCGUGCUAGACGAAGGCAGACAGCGUGCUCCGAUCGAUUCUCCGUCGAACGGUUCUUAUCAAACGAUCUACGGUGCGGUGGUGGCCAGUUGGGGGCUCCACGCCGCACUAGUUGCGGACAGCGAUACCGCCGAGUAUCGCAAGUUCGGAUCGGAGAGAUUCAAGAUGGCCGCGAAAGAGCUCCUCCACCCAUCAGAUGGGACUUCCCCUCAUCGAUUCCAAGGCCAGAUCACCUUGACCACCUCGGAUGUCCAGACGGGGGAGCAGAGUCAGCGAAUCCUCACAGAGAGCGAGCAUAUGUACGUGCUCGCCACUCUAGUGCCCCGCCUAGAGAAGGAUUUCCUAAUCUCGCCCGACACGGAACCACUGGGUGGGCAGAUGAGAUUCCUACGAUUUGGACCUUUGUCUGGGGAUGAGGCGAUGCGUCUUAUGAUUUUGGCAUAUCAGGGGGGAAAGCAUGUAUGUGAUGAGCUGGUUACCUACGAAAAGGUUGAACGGCUUCGUAUCGACUUCCAUGAGGACUUGGAACGAUGGCGGCGUGUUUGUAUUGAUGGAAAGAUAGUCGCCGUUGACGAGCGGGGCUGGAUGGAGCUUUCGAAGGAGUCUCGACAGCUUUUGAAUAUUAUCAAGCCGUGCGUGUAG